AUGCACGAUCUUUAUAUGGAUCCCAUGGUAUUGAAAAUCCAACCGCAGUAUGAAACCCAGCACACUCAUGGUCUUGGAUCUACCCAGAACGUGGACAUGACGGACGGCACUCAUUCUCCGCGUGACUCUCCGCAGCAACACUAUUCGAGUCAAUUUGACUGGUCACCCUCGACUCACACCAGCUUUGAGCCACAUUAUACCAGCAAUGCACCCUAUCAAACGUCUUAUUCAUCACCUCAGCCGCUACAUCCGCUGAACACCACUACCUUAUGGCCGAGUCAGCUUACGAAUCCGUCCACCAGCAGCCCUUCAUCUCUGUUGCCUCUACCACCUCGACCGCUUGCUCCAGCUACGCAAGACAGCCCCCGAGAAACAGCGUCUAUCCCGUCGCCUCCAUCGCCACCAAAAGUAACACCAAAUCUGUCAAAUUCCAGGAAAACCUUGACGGACAGCGACAGGCGACGAAUGUGCAAAUACCACGAAGAAAACCCGACUGUCAAGCAGACAGAGAUUGGUGCUUUGUUUGGUGUUGAGCGCAGCACCGUUUCUAAAGUUCUGCGGAACAAGGAGAAGUAUCUUGUUGCCGAGGAUGGUCGAAGAUCGCCCGUCAAAAAGUCCAAAAGCAAAUUUCCUGACAUCGAGCGAACAUUAUCUAAUUGGGCGAGGAAUCGGAUGAGCGAAGGUCUUCCUAUUGGCGACGAUUUAAUCAGAGAUGAAGCACGAAAAUUUGCGUCAACCUUAGGAAGCGCAGAAUGCCACAGUCAGGUCAACGACGCAGUAUGGUUGGAGAAAUUUAAGCAGAAAAACCAGCUGCCAGGGGCAAGGCCGAAAGGCGAGAAGAUCACGGCAGACAACGUAAGCCCAAAGACUAAUUUUCAGACACCGAAUGCGACUGCUCCUGUAGUCAGCUGGGAUGGCAUGCCCAUCAAAGAUGAGGUCGAGACAAAGAGCCCCAGGGGUCUCUUCGACAAUCCUAAUCCUUGGGGACACACCCAUACGCAGAGCACUACGUCCAUGGGCAGCGGCUUUUCUGAUGCUACCUUCGCGACUGAUUUUCGGAGCCCAACCUCGCCAAUGUUCUUCACACCCAUGUCCAGUUGCGGUCCUAGUCCAUCAGUACCAGCGGGGAAGGCGCCCAAAUUACCCAUGCUAGCUCCAGCAAAGCUGCAUCGACGACAAACCGUACCUCGAGUUGGCAGUGGGGAGGCCUCACCGACAUCAGCUUCGUCCAAAACCGCUGCCGUUGGCCUCCCUGUCUCGGACUCGGGUCAUGACGACAUGGAUAUCUCGCCAAUUGGUAUCGACACAAGCGUAGCUCAUCAGUCUCGCCCCGCCACGACUAUUCCCAUGCAUGGCUCAGCACACAGUGCUAGCACAAGCACCACAUCGCCCUUCUCCAUGGGACCACCCUCCACUACAGCAACGACAAUAUCAACCAACAUAUCGCCUCUGAUUGGCAGCGCAAUCUCGCCGUCUAGUAAUGCUUCGCCAUCUUGCCCGCCUUCUCAGGAUGAAGCCCGGGUUGCCCUUGAAACACUCAAAAAAUUUAUUGAACACCAACCUCCUGGCUCUAUUGACCCACACGACUACCUAGUGAUGGGCAAAUGGAUGCAGAUGCUCAGGCUAGAGGGGCGCGGUCUGCCUGGCGGUAUGACUAGUAUGAACAGCGUACCUAUGGCCGAAAGGGCUGACGGCACAGCGCCGAUGGGCCGUAAAAGAAGCGAACAUUCAUUAUCCUGA